AUGCACUUCUUAACCCUCCUCCUCCUCCUCCUCCCCCUCCUCCCGCUCACAACAACCGCAACCGCAACCGCAACCGCAACCGCAACCCCCGACCCUCAACCCCUCACUCUCAAGCCCGCCAACGCCACAAUCCACAAUCUAUGCCCCUUCCCCAUCUACUUGACAGCAGUCUCCUCCACCACACCCCCCGAAAUCCCCCUGCCCCCAAACACCACCUGGACCGAACCCUACCGCCACGACCCGCAAACCGGCGGGAUCAGUCUGAAGCUCACCACCGUCCCGAACGGGCUGUACACGGGCGCGGCCCAGACCAUCUUCGCGUACAACUACCUCGAGCGGACGGGGCAGGUGUGGUUUGAUUUGUCGGAUGUGUUUGGGGAUCCGUUCAAAGGGUUUAGGGUUCGGUUGGGGCCGAUGGGUCCUGCACCGGGGAAUGCGUCGGAGAUGAUUGUUUGGGAGGAUGGGGUGCCGCCGAGGGGGAGUCAGGUGAGGGUUGUGGGGUGUGAGGUUGGGUUGGGGUUGGGGGUUUGUGUUUAA